ACAAAAAAAUAGGUUGGGACAAUACAGUUUAAACCCAAAGCCUAUUAUAAGGUCAACAUCCUCUCCUUAAUCAAAAUCCAAAACAAGUUUUCUCUUCAUCUCAAUUUGUAGGAACGAUGAUCAGCGUUCUAGCUCAGGAGCGUCUAUUGGGCGCGGCGCUAGGGAGCCUCUUAACCGGGGGCGUGGUUUUUCAGCAGCGUAGAAGCAUCUAUAAAUCCAUUAAUCAAUAUGAACCUCAGCCAACAGAGCCUAUUUUUGGGCAGAAGUCUCGGCAAGAGUUUGCACACAUGUGGAAUAAAUCUGUGGAUAACACAUUUGGACCGAUGAUUGAGUAUCUAAGCUCACGUGGAUGGUAGGAAUUCUCCCAUGCUAUUGCUAGGCAACUUUCUUCGAUGGUUAUUUAAGAUAGAAACUUCCAUAGCUAGAGUUUCUCCUUUCUGAAUCUUCCUGGAAAUUUCUUUACUGCAUGGAUGAGGAGUAUGGAUGUAUCGUCUAACAUAUCUACAUUUUUUCCAAAGACAGGAGUACAUGUUUGUUAUAAUGUUCGAGUGUCAUUGGCCCCAUUGUCUUUCCCCAGUCCAUGUUCUUAAUUUUUUGCAGCCUGCAUAACGAUAAACAAACUAUUUGACAGCUUAUUUUUGUCAAUAUUUUCUGGUUGUAUAAUUUAGUUUUCAAAA